CAAACCAAAACUUUGAUAAUAAGAUAAGACGCCCAUUCCUUCUUGUCCAUUCCCAAACGGCCGAGAAAAGAUCAGUUUCCCACAGAAAGAAAUGGCGACGCUAUUGCUGCUUGUAAGUAUCUUUCUCCCUCUCCUUUGGCUGGCCUUGUUCGCCAUCCGAAACAAGAACGCCAUCACACCAAACUGGCCGGUCGUCGGCAUGCUUCCAUCCUUACUGUGGAACGUAUCUCACGACCUCCUCCACGAGUUCAUCACCCGACUCAUGAAACAGAGUGGAGGCACUUUCCGGUUCAGAGGACCGUGGUUCGCCGGCGUUGACUUCCUCAUCACCGUGGAUCCGAUGAACGUCCACUACAUCCUGAGUAAGAACUUCACCAACUUCCCCAAGGGACCAAACUUGAAGGCCAUACUAGAACCGCUGGGAGACGGCAUAUUCAACACCGACGGCGAAUCCUGGAAAUCCCAAAGAGAAACCAUCCAUUCCCUCAUCAACACCACCAAAUUCCACCACCUAAUGCUCAAAACCCUCCACCUUAAGCUACAAAACGGCCUGAUCCCAAUCCUCCACAACUCCUCCUCCAAACUCCACAACAACAUUAAUAAUGCUCUUCCUCCUCUAGACUUGCAAGAGCUAAUGAAGCGGCUCACAUUCGACACCAUAUGCUCCCUCGUUACGGGUUUCGAUCCCAAAUACCUCUCCAUCGAACUCCCCAGCCUUCCCUACGCCGACGCGUUCGACGUAAUCGAGCAGGUGAUUCUCUACCGCCAUUGUGUCCCAGCCACGGUGUGGAAGUUCCAGAGGUGGGUUGGCAUCGGGGAGGAGAGGAAAAUGAGGCAAGCUCAGGAGUGCUUUGAUGGGUUUUUGGAGGAGAGAAUCAGAGUGAAGAGGAAAGAGGCAUUGGAUAAGAAGGAGAUGGAAACCGUGGUGGAUGAUGAUUUUCUAACCAUGAUCUUGUCCGGGGAAGCGGGGAUUGAUCAGGGGAAAUUCACGAACGUGUUCUUGAGAGAUGUCGUGUUUAAUUUGCUUGUGGCAGGAAGGGACACCAUUGCUGCUGCCUUGAGUUGGUUCUUUUGGCUCGUGGCGAAAAACCCUAACGUGGAGGAGAAGAUUCUGAAGGAGUUGGAUCAAGUUAUGGGGAAAGAGACGAGCUUUCCGAGCACAGAAGAGCUGAACAAAAUGGUGUAUCUUCACGGAGCCAUGUGUGAAACCCUAAGGUUGUACCCAUCAGUGCCUUACGAACACAAGCAAUCGAUCGAGCCGGAUGUGCUCCCAAGUGGGCACGCCAUUGAUGCCAACACCAGGAUCUUGCUAUCCAUCUUUUCCAUGGGGAGGAUGGAAGAGAUAUGGGGUGUGGAUUGGAUGGACUUCAAACCCGAGAGGUGGAUUUCGGUUGAGUCUGCGGAUGAGAAGAAGAAGAUGGUGGUUAGCCACGUGCCAGCUUACAAGUUUGCGGCUUUCAUGGCGGGGCCGAGGACGUGCUUGGGGAGGAAGAUAGCGUUCGUUCAGAUGAAAGCCAUAGCCAGUUGCGUUCUGCGUAGGUUUAAGUUUGAGGUGGUGGAUGGUCAUCCUGUGGUUCCUGACGCUUCCAUUCUCAUGUUCAUGAAGUAUGGACUCAAGGUCAGAGUUUCUAAUAGAGCAUGAUGUGUAUAUUAUCGGGUGGAUGAUCGUUGAUAAACCGUUUGGAAAAAGAUUAAUUAUGUUCGUGGUUUAUGGUGAAUUGGCCUUUUACUUGUGGGUGUUGAAUCUUGUAAAAGGAAAUGGUCUACUUUUUCUCAUUAAUCAGAAAGGUAAAGAAAUAAUAUAUUGUCCUUAUUACACAUUUAUAUAUAUCUGUAUAUUAGUAAAUAACAGAAUAAUACAACAAGAAACAAAUAUUACAAUUUAGUUCCUAUACUAUUGUUUUAUUACAACGGAGUCCUCCAACACCCCCUCGCAAGUUGGAGCGUGAAUGUCAAUCCGAUUCAGCUUGGAGAUGAGUCCUGUGAAAACAACACUUGACAAAGACUUUGUAAAAAUGUCAGCAAGUUGAUUCUCACUGCUGAUAAAUAACACUUUUAUCAAACCUGACAAGAUUCUAUCACGAAUAAGAUGACAAUCGAUCU